AUGGCUAGUGAUCAUGUUGAUUCAAUGAUAAAAUUAAUGCAACACAAUUCUUUUUCUACCGCUUGUGAUGGCAGUAAUGAUGUUGAUCACAAGUUGUAUCCGGUAGUAAUUAGUUAUUUUAAUCCGGAUGAAGGAUUAAUUCAAAGUAAUCUUUUAUCUGUAUCUAAUUUAUCUGGUGAUGGAACUGGUCAGAACAUUAGUUCAUUAAUUUUAGAUGAAUUUAAGAAGUUUGAUAUUCCUUUUGGAAAUUGUGUUUCAUUUAUGUCAGACAAUGCUGCUGUAAUGCAGGGGAAAAGAAAUGGAGUAAUUGCUCAUCUAAAGCAACAACAUGAUAGUCUAAUUUCGGCAAGGUGUGCUUGCCAUUUGAUUAAUCUUGCAGCUGAAAAAGCAGCUGCCAUCUUACCCAUUAAUGUUGAUGAAAUAUUGGUUGAUAUUUAUUAUUAUAUAAACAAGAGUGCAAAACGUAAAGAUGCACUAAAGCACUUUCAGGCUUUACACGAUAAAGAAGUGCACAAGAUAUUGAAGCAUGUAUGCACUAGAUGGCUCUCUUUAGGCCGUAUUUUAUCUAGACUAAUGGAGCAGUGGGAUCCCCUUGUGAGUUCGGAAUCGGUGAAAUCUCAGUCUAAGACGGUGUCAGUCUCUUUGAUCACGUAUCAAAUUCCAAAAAAAGCACACACUGACUUGAGUGUCAGUAAUACGUGUACACCCAAGGUGAAAUCUGUUCCCUCUAAGAGAAAAGCCACAGAUGAAGGUUCUUCAAAAUGUCCGGAUGUGUCUUUUUUUGCAGAUUCCAACAAACGCAAGACGUGCGUGGAAGUGAUGGAUAAGGCCAAAGCUGAAAAACCAUGGUUUGGCAUUGAACAAGAAUAUACCCUAUUAGACUGUGAUAAACAUCCAUUUGGUUGGCCAAAAAAUGGUUUUCCCGGCCCUCAAGGUCCCUACUACUGUGGGGUGGGUGCUGAUAAGGUGUAUGGUCGUGAUGUGGAGGAGGCCCAUUACAGAGCCUGCAUGUACGCUGGCAUUCCAAUCUGUGGCACCAAUGCAGAGGUGAUGCCUGCUCAGUGGGAGUUCCAAGUUGGACCGAGUGAAGGCGUCGCCAUCGGGGACGAUCUCUGGAUGUCCAGAUUCAUUCUGCAACGAGUAGCCGAAGAUUUCGGUGUCGUGGUGACCUUCGAUCCAAAACCCAUUCCUGGAGACUGGAAUGGUGCUGGUGCACACACCAACUUCAGCACCAAAGCCAUGAGAGAAAAAGGUGGAUUGAAGGAGAUUGAAAAAGCUAUAGAGCGUCUUUCCAAACAUCAUGACCGUCACAUUCAAGCAUACGACCCCAAACAGGGCAAGGACAACGAGCGCCGCCUGACGGGAUUCCAUGAAACUUCCAGUAUUCACGACUUCAGUGCCGGAGUCGCCAACAGAGGUGCUAGCAUUCGUAUUCCAAGGCAAGUUGCCCAAGAGGGGAUGGGCUACCUCGAGGACAGGCGUCCAUCUUCCAAUUGCGAUCCCUACAGUGUUGCUGAAGUUAUUGUCCGAACAGUCUGUCUGGCUGAAUGAACUGUUCCAUUUCAUUCUGUUUGUUUAGAUAAUUUUUCCGAGUACUCCCUCCUUCCCAGCAGAACUUUUUUAAUUUGGCGUAAUCAUUCUCUUGUCUUCGUGUUACGAGGCACCUUGUGAUUUUAGUGUUGGAUGACUGGAUUACCUUCAACAGCACAUUUUUAGAUUAUGUUUUGUCUUUUUAAAAAUAAAAAUUUAUUAAAUGUC